UGCUGUAUACAAGGCGACAUCUAGUGUUCUUCCGAAAGUGAAAGUGUUUCUUCUCCGAAUCGACUCCAUUUAAGCGUUUGUACAAGUUAAAACAUCUUUAUCAGCAGCAGAAACGGUGAUAUUAAUGUGACAGAACGAGGCCUGUUGACUAAAGGAGUGUGAUCCAUUCCAUCAGAAGAGAUCAGACUCUUCAGGACUCAGCUGUGUGUAAACUUUACUAAUAUAUAAAGAUGGAGACUCCUGAUCUGGACACAGAUAAUGUUUCUACACCAUCAAACAACUGGUACGACCCAGAAUCUGCUGGUGGAAAUGAAUUCCAGAAAAAGUUCAAAUUAAAUCUGAUGAAGAAGUUUCAGUGUUUGAAUGGAGUGAUAAUAAACCUGGCAACCCAAACACUCCUGAAUGAGAUCUACACAGAGCUCUACAUCACAGAGGGAGACAGUGGACAAGUCAAUAAUGAACAUGAGGUGAGACAGAUGGAGGCAGCAUCCAGGAGAAGAACAACAGAGGAAACACCAAUCAAAUGCAAUGACAUCUUUAAGCCUUUAUCUGAACAAGACAAACCCAUCAGAACUGUGCUGACAAAUACAUCAUCUGAACAAGACAAACCCAUCAGAACUGUGCUGACAAAUACAUCAUCUAAACAAGACAAACCCAUCAGAACUGUGCUGACAAAGGGAGUCGCUGGCAUCGGAAAAACCGUCUCUGUGCAGAAGUUCAUUGUGGACUGGGCUGAAGGGAAAGUAAAUCAGGACGUCCACCUCAUAUUUCCACUUCCUUUCAGAGAGCUGAACUUGAUGAAGGACCAGAAACUGAGUCUGAUGGAGCUCCUUCAUGUGUUUUUUAAGGAAACAAAAGAAACAGAAAUGUCCAGUUUGGAAAAGGUUCUGUUCAUUUUUGACGGAUUGGACGAGUGUCGUUUUCCUCUAGAUUUCCAGAACACAGUGAGAGUGUGUGAUGUAACUGAAUCAGCAUCAGUGCCUGUGCUGCUGAUAAACCUGAUCAAAGGGAAUCUGCUUCCCUCUGCUCUCAUCUGGAUCACCUCCAGACCUGCAGCAGCUGAUCAAAUCCCCUCUGAGUGUGUGGAUCGAGUCACAGAGGUACGAGGGUUCAAUGACCCACAGAAGGAGGAGUACUUCAGGAAGAGGAUCAGUGAUCAGAGCCUGGGCAAUAACAUCAUCACACACCUGAAGUCAUUAAGAAGCCUCUACAUCAUGUGUCACAUCCCAGUCUUCUGCUGGAUUACAGCCACUGUUCUAGAGAGAAUGUUGGGUGAAGCAGAGAGUGGAGAGAUCCCCAAGACUCUGACUCAAAUGUACACACACUUCCUCAUCAUUCAGACAAACAUCAUAAGAGAAAAAUACCCAAAGAAGCAGGAGAGUGAUGAAGAAAUGCUUCUUAAACUGGGACAACUGGCUUUUCAGCAGCUGAUCAAAGGGAACCUGAUCUUCUAUGAUGAAGACCUGAGAGAGUGUGGUAUUGAUGUGACAGAAGCAGCAGUGUACUCAGGUGUGUGUACUCAGAUCUUCAGAGAGGAGUUUGGGCUUCACCACAGUAAAGUGUACUGCUUUGUUCAUCUGAGCAUUCAGGAGCAUCUCGCAGCUCUGUAUGUGCACCUGACCUUCAUGAAGAAGAAGAGAAAUGUUCUUAAACAGAAUCAAUACUCUAACUGGUGGAUGGAAGAAAACACAAUCUCAGGUGUACACAUCAGUGCUGUAGAUCAGACUUUAGAAAGUCAGACUGGACAUCUGGAUCUUUUCCUUCGCUUUCUUCUGGGUCUCUCACUGGAGUCCAAUCAGAAACUCUUACAUGUUUUAGUAACACAGACAGGAAGUAACCCUCAGAGCACACAGGAAACAGUUCAGUACAUUAAGAAGAUGAUCAGUAAAGAUCUUCCUACAGAGAAAUCCAUCACUCUGUUCCACUGUCUGAAUGAACUGGGUGAUGAUUCUCUAGUGGAGGAAAUCCAACACUACCUGAAAUCUGGAAAACAAAGUGAACUUUCUUCUUCCCAGCUUUCUGCUCUGGUGUUUGUGUUACUGACAUCAGCACAGGAGCUGGAUGAGUUUGAUCAGAGUAAAUAUUUCAGUACAGAUAAGAUAAGAGAAGAUGUUGUUCUGAAGAUGAUGCCUGUGAUUACAGCAUCCAGUAAAGCAAUUAUCAGCUGUUAUUCACUUGGAGUAAAAAGUUUGUCACCUCUGUUCUCAGCGCUCAGAUCAGAAACCUCCAAACUGAGAGAACUUCAUCUGACUGUGGAAACACUGGAUCUGUCUGGGACUAAACUAGGAGACUCAGGAGUGAAGAUGCUCUGUGCUGGACUGGAGAAUCCUCACUGUAAAGUGGAGACACUGGGGUUGUGGGGUUGUGAUGUCUCAGAUGAAGGUUGUGCUGCUCUGACUUCAGCUCUGAGAUCAAACCCCUCACACCUGAGACACCUGGAUCUGUCUGGGAAUAAACUAGGAGACUCAGGAGUGAAGAUUCUCUCUGCUGUACUGGAGAAUCCUCACUGUAAACUGGAGACACUGGGGGAAGAUCAUCUCUCUACAGUGGCAGAACUAGAGUUUUAUACGGGGGGGGGGCAAGGCAACUUUAGGGGUCCCACAGACUGUGACACAAAUUACUGUUACAGGGAGCAUUUGUGAAUCCCAUAAUUGCUCAUUAGAGGUAGAAUAUAUCUCUCAUCAUCUAUUUUAUAAUUUAUAAUGUAUUAUGUUAUAAUUUUAUCUUGUGUAUGUCACACACACUUUCAUAAAUAGGCCUAUAUAAUCAGGUAGUGCUGAAAAUGUCCAAAUAUGUUCAGAUAAUAAAGAUUAAGCACCAAGGAGAUAAGAAAACAUUUGUGUAACAUGAAUAACACAUUUUAUUUAAAUAUACACAUUUACAAAGUAUAUACAAAAAUAUUAAACAUACAAUCAAAAAUUGCAGAAAUUUAAUAAAAACACUGGUAAUU